UUCGCCUCAUUCGAGUGUCGCGCUUUGGAUUGUGUGCAACGGAACUGAGAGAAGUGCCGCGCAGCGCGAAGCCUACAAAGGGAAGUGUUGCAAUUUAGAUUGCAUCUGAAAGAUACACGCACGGAGUAUUGGAUGGUUUGCUUAGUAGUCACCUGAAAUACGAUUAAUUUGAAUUCGAUUGAAUCUCGCCGGAGCGUUCAAGAAGUUGUGAAACGAGACAUAGUCAGGAAGUGAAGCUGCUAGCAGGUGUCUUUGGUGGUAUCUUUGGUGGUUCAAAGGUGAUAAAUUGCCGUUGAAAAUUUGGCUAAUCUCCGUCUCCGCGUGGUGAUUUAACGUAUCAUCACGGUUACCUGUUUGAGCGCGAAUACGCGUCUUCUAUUGGAGCGAUUUCCGCGGCCGUACCGUUAUGUCGCUUUCGUUUCCGGUGGAAGCGGUGGCAUUUAUUUUCCUUUUUGUUACGUUCGGAUUUGCACACGUUUUUGGCUGAAUUUUGGAAGAUCCCUUUUGGGGGAUGCAUCUUGCAGUCAUAAGUGUGUAACUGAGCUUUUCCUGACACUUGAAUACUGCGCUCGAGACUGGUGCACUAUCGUUCCGCGGUCUCCCCUAUUCAUCUUAGAAAAUUCGCUAGCAGUGGCGACUAUUGGUGGACAAUUUGAAAGAUCAAGAAAUUGAGCCGAUUAAUGGCAAGUGCACGCGUGACCUAUUUCUGAGUAGAUUUCGGUGUUUUUUUUUUUCGUGGGGUUAAAAACGUGAGUUGUGAUAUUAUAUAUAUUUCUUGAUAGUUUGGAAUUCCUGAGCGUUGUUGGACGAUAUCUAAGAUCGUUUCGUGUGGAAAUUUCGUAAGAUAAUUAUCAAAUAGUUUGCGGUUCUCGGAUUAACGUGAUUCUAUCCCAGUGACAUAUGAAUAUAAUUCAGGAAGUGUUUUGAAAAGAUACUAGUGAAGUUUAAGUGUUGAGUACGGUGCCGUGAUUUUUUUUUGAAUAUUUCUCAAACGUUGUUGUUUUUAAGCGAAAGUAGCGAAAGAGGUGGUUCCUUUUUCGGGCGUAUUACGUUAUGAGUUUGAAAAAAGCGAGUCGCGUCAAGAGCCUGUCCCUCAGCGACGACAUCCCGAUACGCUCACCGAAGCCGAGAAAUACAGCCUCGUUGAGCACAAUGCCUUCAUCAGCUUCGAAGAGAGUCGAGGACAUUGGCAAGAUGCUGAAGUAUAUCGAGGAGAAUAUUGUGGGUAAAGGAGUCGCCUUUUUAGGACCGUUCGGCAGACGAAAAGCUGUUUACGCCGAUUAUUUUUCAUGUGGUCGUUCACUACAGUUUUUUGAGGAAUACAUAAACAAAGAAGUAUUACCAGCCUUGGGGGAUACUACAUGCACAUCGUCUGUGACAGGUUUACAAUCACAUUUAUAUAGCAAAGAAGCUCGUCAAAUAAUUGCUACAGCCGUAAAUGCAUCAAGCGAUGAUCACAUAAUUUUCUGUGAAGCCAAACAUACAAUUAUAAUUGAACGAUUGUGCCAUUUCUUUUGUUAUUCGCCAAAUGCACAUAGUGGCCCAGUACACAUUGAUGAUGUUGAAUUGCGGAGAAAAGGUCCAGUGUUAUUUAUAAGCUCAAGUGAACCUGCGAAACACAUCAGAAUUUGGGAGAAUGCGGGAGCACAGAUUGUUAUUAUAUCAAAAACCCGAGAAGGAUUCUUAGAUUUGGUAGACUUAGAGAAUAAAUUAUCAUCGUUCUCAGACUCUAAAAGACUGUUAAUAGGAUUGUUUUCUGGCGCAUCAAGAUCAACUGGAAUUGAAGCCGAUUGCGUUGCAACAACAAUUCUCCUUCAUCAAUAUGGCGCCAUAGGUAUUUGGGACUAUUGUCUGGCAGCACCCUACGCAUCAAUAGAUAUGAACCCCUUGUUGCCUGGUUCGACAAAAGAUGUUUUAUUCUUUAGUACGAAAAAAUUCAUCGGUGGCGUGCAAGGACCAGGUGUAUUGAUUAUCAAAAAGUCGUUAAUAUCGUCACAUCAUUCAACUGUAUUCGAAGAUUCCGUCGGUGUUGUGGAAACUAUACGAGCAGGACUCGCUAUGCAACUGAAGGAAUCCUUAGGAAUUCAAAACAUUGCUGCAAGGCAGGAGAAGCUGUGCAAACAAAUUCUUUCACAUAUAAGGACGAUACCAGAAAUUAUAUUAUUGGGGCCAUUACAAACUACAGCAAAGCGAAUACCUUUGCUUAGUUUUCUGGUGAAACAUCCACGAGGAUCGUUCUUACAUCAUAGAUUUGUGGUAGCUGUGCUGAAUGAUGUGUUUGGUAUACAGGCCACAGGGACAUCAUAUAUUGGUGAAAUUUUAGGAAUCAAUAAAACAACAUCUAGGGACUAUGAUAACUUCAUAACGGAUACAUAUAACAACGCAGAAUUUAUUCGUCCUGGAUAUACAAAUUUAUUGAUCCCAUACUUUAUGUCUGAUGCAGAAGUUGGCUUCAUUUUAGAAGCAUUGAAAAUGGUUGCGACCGAAGCAUGGAAGUUACUCCCACAGUAUGAAUAUAUUGAAAGAACAGGCGAAUGGCGACAUCAUUCAAACUCGUUGAUAAAGGAAAGAAAAUGGCUUGGAUCUAUCCGAUAUACAGACGGGCGCAUGUUGUUCACUGACAGACGGAUCUCUGGUCCUGGUAGUUUCCCACAAAAUUAUUCAGAAUGCUUACAAACAGCAAGGAAUCUUUUUAAUCGGGCACGUAAAAUGGCCCAAAAGUCGACGUUGCCAUUGGGCUUGAAACUAGUGAAUGAAACAGCAGAGAGUUUGAGGUGGUUCAUGCUACCAGGAGAAGCGCAUCAAUUGCUACUGGGGCAUUCCCAGAAUGUUCGAACGCAUCUACCGUUUGAUCCGAAUAAAACAAAAGAAUUAUCAUCGCUCUUCCACAUGUUUCGCCACAACAGCCUUUCAGCACUGGAUGUUAAACGCUUCAAAAGUCGCAGUCUUCCCACAUCUCCAGUGCAAAUUCCGAUGCGACGACAACAGUCAUCACCUACGCCUCCAUGUAGCCCAAAAACCACAAGUUUAACAGACUGUGCAUCGCCACCAAUUGUGCGUUUCUCGUUGGGCGGUGAAGUGACAACCAUGGCAUCAUUCAACCCACAAAGAAUUUCGAACCUAGUGAAUAGUGAAGAAGCCAUAUCGAGCCGAAAUAGAUGUCAUAGUUGGUCAUCAGCUGGAGGUGUAAAAUCAUUAAGUCCACAAACACGUAUUAACCUAGGAUUGGCUAAACAUUCGCAACUGGCCGCGCAUAGACUAAAAUUCAUGCGAAAAUUGUGCUCUUGCAGUAGUCAAACAGAUUUACAUAGUCCAGUUUUUUCAGCGCAUAAUUCAUCAUCAGCUCCUAGCCUGCAAAAUAUCAUUCGGGCUGGGAGUACAUGUAGUGAUUGUGCGGAAGAAAUACAGGCAUACGUCGCAGAAUACACCAAAUCAUUGGCAACGGAAAUUAAAUCUGAAAUUAGAGAAGUGAUAUCUAAGGUGGAGGAUGUUCUUGAGGGCACAGACCCUGUAGACAUGAGCUCCAUUAGUAUGCUAUCAAUGGCAAAUAAUAACAAUUCAGGUGAUGAUUCAAGAUCAGAUUCCGUGUCUGCUACAGAUGUCGCGGAAUAUUUGAAAGGAUUAUCUAAGGAAAUGGCUAGUGAAGUGAAAUCAGAAAUACGUGAGGCUGUUAAUUUUAUUCCAGUUGAAAACAUUAAUUUAAAUCGGAAAUCAUCCCCGCCGGAUGUUUUUGUGGGAAAGGCGUGCGAAAAAGAGAGAUCAUCAAAACACAAACAUAACGACGGGCGAAAUGAAAACCAUGAAUCUUCGGAAAAUCGAGAUAAGCAAAUUUGCAUUGAAUCGAUUCCACGCCCCAAUUCAACUCCAGGAUGGCAUGCUCCAACCGCAGCAAGUCCUGAAAACUCUACACCAAAUUGUCCCUAUACAGGGGCAAUAUCUAAGUUGAUCGAUGCUAGUAGCACUGCAUCUCAAGAUUCGGGUAUCAACUUGUACUUUGGCGACCAGGAAGAUACUCGCUGUCGUACAACUUCUGAAAACUAUUUAGAAAGGCCGAAGAGGAAUUCAGAGAGAUCGCAAAGCGAUAGUUCACACAAGAAAAAUGCAAACCAUCGUCAAUAUCACACCAACCAAAAUAGCCAGGAGAAUACGUUUACUAGUGAUGCUUCUUGUGAAUGUAUCUCUAAGGAUGCAACCUGCACUUCCACACCCAUCUCGGGAGGUAGCACACUGGCACUGAAACUUCCCACAUUAGAACGCCACCAAUCCGUUGAAGGACCAGCGCGAGACCUUCAUCGAUGGCAGCACCUUCCAAAGGACAUAUGGAAACAAACAGCGGAGGCAAUCGAUGAGUUUGCGAUGAUAAAAGAUGGUGAUCGUAUUCUGGUUUGUUUGUCAGGAAGCUGCGCAUCCUUAUGCCUCCUUCACGCGCUUCGGCAGUUCUCACGUGCCCGAGGAAUUCAUAUCGAUAUGGCAGCAAUAACUGUGGGGAAAUGUGGCAUUGACCCAAGAGCUCUUAUGUUAUACAUGAGAGAUAUUGAUAUAGAGUUAUAUAUUAUUGAACAAUUAGGUGCAUCUGAAAAUUAUAGAACUAAGAUUUGUGCAUUAGCUAGAAGGAAACACUAUAAUGUUCUUGCUAUGGGAAAUACUUUGGACAAAAUUGCUGAUGAAUUCUUAGUGUCCGUAUUAACUAAAGGAAGACUCUUUACACCACAAGCACAUUGUAUUAAUCGUGAAGGUGAUCUACGUGUGAUACGCCCAUUUAUAUUUGUUCGAGAAAAAUGCUUGGAAAAUUUCGUUCGUCAGAAAAAUAUGCCAGCCCGACCAUCAACGAAUUCAAGCAAACCAUUGGAUGCAUCGAACAGUAUACUGAAAGUUCAAGAAAUGGUCAAUCCGAAUGUUUUCGAGAAUAUCAAAAAUGCUUUGAGACCGCUCUUGUCUUUCAGAUUGGAAACAAACAAAUCGACAUAUGAACACUUAAAAUUAAAUUUAAUGACUAGAGAUUGACAAAAUAUAAUAUAUAAUCCAUGUUCUAUAAAAAAUAUUAUUGAUGUUAUUUAUUAUAAAAAACAUUUUAUUAAGUUCACUUUGUG